AUCAUGACCCUGCCUGUAUAUAAUAUUUGCACUAUAUACAACUAAAUAUUUUGUCUCUUUGUAUGGGCUGUAGUUUGAUUACAGCUAACAGAAUCAGAUAUCAUCAGUGGCUGGUCUAUACCAUUUCAAAGUAGCCGUUAACGAUGGCAUUCCAAUCUCAAUUCAUAUCCGUUGUCUCAACGUCAUUAGUGAAUAAUUCGAGUUGGAUCUAUUUGGUUGAUUGGAUUUUGGCUCUUAUUCUUGGGCUUGCAUUUGUGUUCUAUUUCAAUCGACUAGUGGGUUAUAUCAUAUCACUUAUUCUUAAGAUAUUCCUUUGGAAGAAGUAUAAAAUCUUGCUUAAUGUCGAAUCCUUAAAGAUUGCCCCUUUAGGGGGUAGAGUGUUUGCUAAAAAUGUGACCCUCACUUCUUCAACUCAAACUAUAUCUAUCUUACAUAUGAAUCUAACUUGGAGAUAUUGGAUCUUUAGAGUUACAAGAUUACUGGAUUUUCACUUUAUCAAUCAAUCAUCACCAGGUAAAAAGAUAUCUAGGCUGCAAAACGAGAAGCUUCCUUGUCGUUUCUUAUUGAUUAUAGAUGGGAUGGAAGUGUUUAUGUAUAACAGAACUGUUGCAUAUGAGAAUAUAUUGAAAUCUUUAGAUGAGGAAAUCAAUCUCCCAAGUAAUGGUAGUGAAUCUAGUUCAGGUAAAGAUUCUUCAUUUACCUCCAAAGAAGCUACAAAAGAGGGUACGUCAAAUAUACGGCAAAGAGGAAGUUCAUCAUCCACUGAUUAUGACAUACUGUCAACUUCUUCUACUCAAAAGGAAGCAUUGUCGCCCGUGGUAACAUCAGAAGGUGUAUUGGCAUAUUUAUUAAGAAUAUUUCCUAUAAAAGUGAGAAUAAAGAAAGGUGCUUUUGUACUUGGUAACUCAAGUACUCCAUCACUUUUAUUAGCUUCAUUUGAUGCUGCUAGUGGGAUUUUCGACGUAUCACAACCAACCGAUAUAUUAGACUGUUUCAAAUCGGUCUGGGAUUUCAAUUUUGAUAAGUUUCAAUUAUGGUUAAAAUCAAACAUAAAUCAUGAUAAAUACCGUUAUUCAGAAGAGAAGAAUCCAGAAUAUAGAACUGAUUUAAGUCAUUAUAAAAAAUAUAAACAUUGGUACAAAUUUCAAAUAGCUUUGAAAUCUUUGGAUAAGUUAUUAAAGAAGUUUCGAAAGCCAAAACCAGUUAAUGAUGUGGAGGCUGAUUUCCUAAGAGAACAAUGGAGAGGAUUAAAAAGAUAUGUCGGAGAUCAGAUAGACCCCAAAUCCAUAAUUCAGACUGAAGAAGAGUAUGCCAAGUACAGUUUAAUCUUAGACUCUGUUCUGACAAGAAUCAUUUACUACUACGACUUGCCAGGUAUAGUACCGUUUGAAUCUACAUCUGAAACACUUCCUGAAUUCGGGGUCGAAGUAGAACUUUCAUUAACUACCAUUCACUAUGGUCCAUGGGCAGAUAGGCAAAGAGUUCCAAUUCAAAAUAUGUUCUUCCCAAGUGCAGCAAGGGAUUCAGAGCCAUCACCCAAACCAUUACCCGGAAGUCUUCGACAAUAUGGAGGUUUCCAAGCAACAGUUAUUGUCAAGGAUGAAGUAAUUGUUAGAGUUCCAACUCGUGAACCAAGUAAGUUGAAAGAAAUAUAUAGAAGUUCAACGGUAAACCGUAAAAGAGCUACUCCUCCGUUUGGCUGGUUAGAAUUCAAGCUUGGUGUGGGGUCAAAUGUUUCAAGUUUCACUACCUAUUUUGCAAAUGAAAAGGGGUGGCCCAAUAAAUUAAGAGUAAUGUUCAAUGCACCAGAAAUACGGACGUCUGUAAACCACGAUGUAUUAUUUAUUGCUGAUACUCAUGAAAUCAAUGCUGAUGUAGGGUUCCCCUUAGAAUGGAAUGGUAAAUGUGAUUGGGUAUUUAAUCAAGUUAGUCAUAACGCUCGUAUAUUCUUCUUAAGAGAACACACCAUGCUUUUCUCGGAUUUAUUUGAAGAUUUUGCCUCUGGAGAACCUGUGCAAUAUGAAUACUUUCGACAAUUUUUAUAUACCAUCGAUUGGAAAAUUAAUGAUUAUAAGAUCUAUUUGAAUGUUAAUGAUGCCAAUAUCAUUAAUAACCCUCUUGACUUUAAUAACAAUAAAUACUUAUCGUUCCAAGGUGAUUCGUUUGAUUUAAAAGUGGACAUUCCAUUGAACGGAACAUUUUCAAAAUCAACAACAGUGUCCUUUAACUUUUGCACUUCAGCUUUCGAUUUGAUAUUAGAUACUCCUGCUUGGCAUACAACAAGCGCAUUUAUGAAAGAAUCAAAGAUAAUGGGUAGUAGUAAGGACUUUUCAGUAACUGGUUCUUAUACUUUUUUUAGUAUGGUCGAAAUAAAUACUUCAGAUGUGAUUGAUAUUAGAUGUCUAGGUGAUUACGUCAGUCUAAAGUUUUAUGGAUUUUUAAUCAGAUAUUUGUUUUCUAUCAGAGAGAACUAUUUCGGUGAUUUUAUCCAUUUUAGGACGUUCGAAGAGUAUACUGAUACUUUAGAUGACGAUGGUGAAUCAAAAGUUGAAAAUAUUCGUGAUUUUGAAGACAUCGACUAUUGGAAUAUUGUUAAAACUGAUAAUGAUGUCGAUGUGUUUUUCUUCUUCCAGGUCAGACAUGGCCUUAUAAUCUUGCCCCAUAAUAUCUAUAGUUGUGAUAAUCACGUUGGACUUGCUUUUGAUUCUUUAGACAUUGAUAUAAGAUUCUGCAAUUAUUAUAUGGAUCUUCAAGCGGAUUUCAGUCCGGUUCGUGGUGUGUUUGUUCAUGAAGGAAACUCCCAGACUUUGCAUAACAUGUGCAAUGUUGUGGAUUAUAGAGAUGCAUAUUUGACAGAAGGAAAGGAAGAUAUAAAAAUAGAUGGUUUAUCUAUUCAUGCACAUAGAAUGUUCGGACUUCCUCCAGAAGAAAUAACUUACUUAUGUGUAUGGGAAUUCGCAGCUGAUUCUCUUGAAAUAGAAGGAUUUCCUAUUUUGGAUGCAUUAUCUACUGCGAUACCUGGGAUUGCAUUUGGAUUUAAAGAUGUUGAAAAUGCCCUUCAUAGUGAAUUACCAGUAACUUAUGAUGGUAUGACAGUAUCUUUCUGUUGUCCAAAAACAUCAAUAAAAAUAGUUCCUGAUGUAGCUGUACCUUCCAGAUAUAUUAUAGCUAACUUGGAUUCCCUAAGGUUCAAUUUAUGUGAUAUUUUUAAUAAUAGAUAUUCCAAUAAACUAACAUCUUUAAUACCUUGCAUAGAAGUUCAAAUCAUUGAAGAAUUUCCAGAGAAAAAGAUUUUAGGUUAUUUCAAAACAUCUUUGGUGUUUGAUAAUAUUGAUCAAAAAGCUGGCAUGUUACACAGAAGAGAACAACUCAUAAAUCAUAUGAAGAUGAACGAUGCUCCAUUCCAUAGAUGUCCAUUUAUCCUAUAUCCAGAAGACAGAAGUGAGAAAUUCAACGAUGCUUAUGGCUGUUUCAUGACAUCUUUAUCACUUCCUCUGGCUCCAGCUCCAGUGACUGCAGAAACCUAUGAAUCUGACAGCGAUGAGGGUUCUUACACCGAUCUAAAUUCCUCCGUCAGUUCUGAAUCAGAUUAUAGUUAUAGAACUAAAUUUCUUCCUACAUUGAGUUACAAUGAAGCUGACUUUAUACCGUCGACAAAAAUAGAACCUGACUGUGGAUAUGAUAGUUUCAUAUUAGAAUUACAGGAGGUUAACAUGUUUCUCACUCCAGAUGGAUUACUUUCUUUAGCUAAACUUGCCAGUUUGAAACAACUUUGUGCGGAUGCACUUAUUGAUAUUUUCCAAAUGGAAAUGGUUGGCAGUCUUAAGAUGUAUUUAACAACUAUUAAUAAGAUCACCAAUUUGAGAGUUGUAUGCCCAGAUAUUUCGCUACACUUUGGGAAUUUUGAUGUAUCAGAACCACGAGAAGUUUUUGCAAAGUCCCAUUUGGUGCCGACGAUAAACAUUCAACUAGUGGAGCCUUCGCUAGCUUUAUCCACGAGUCUCUCUAAGAAAUCUGGUGAAAUUGCAUCAGAUGAUAACGGUAAAACGGUUGCCGCAUUUCACCUCAAAGAAUUGUUAUGUAAUAUUUCAAAUCCAGUCGAUUUUCAGGCACCUCUUUUCUUCAGUAUAAAGGAUAUCGAAUUUUGGUUCCAGGAAGACAAUGAGAUUGUUAAUUCAAUUAAUAUUGAGAGUAUCACCGCAGAGGUACAGAGCGAACAAAUUGAAUGGUUACUCCAGUUUUUCCUUGAUAUUAAAACAAACAUCUCACCAGUUAUAGCAGCAUUGCAAGAAAAGCCCAAAGGUGAAAAGGACGCAAUUGCCGAAAUGAUUUAUAAGCUAUCAAUGGCUGCUAUUGACUAUCAUAUAGAUCACGACCCUGGAGUUCUUACAAAACCGGCAUAUAUCCUUAGAGCCAAAAAAGAUCAUGUUAGAUUCUUUGAUAUUUGGAAAGUCAUAACUAGAAUUAGACAUAUUAAAGACAACUUGCCUAAAGAGUGGUAUGAUGAAAUGAAUAUUGGCCUUGGUGAUUGGAAACUUCCUCCGACCGCAUACGAUGAUGUUAAAGAUGUAUUUGCUAGAUGGAGAAGUUGGGAAGCUAACCAAGAUCAAAGAAAUUAUAUGUUCCGCAAAAUUUUCAAGGACGAGUCUAAAUUGAAAGAUAUCAUUCAAACACAUCUCGAAAUCGCAAAUUUAUCGAUAAUUAUAGGAGAUAAUUCAAACCAAAACGAUGACCUUACUCUUCUAAGUUUGUCAGGUAACAUAAAGAAAUCAGCAAGUGAUGAUCUAAUAGAAAAGGUUGAUGUGAUAAUAAAUGCACAUUCUUAUAAGAGUAAGCUUACAACAGUUACUUUGAACUCUAUAAAGAAAUGCUUAACAUUCUUUCUGAAUCUCGAAAAUAAGAGUUCUACUAGAAGUAAAGCAGAAGAGACAAAUACCGUCCCAGCACCAAGUGUUUUUACAGUAGUGAAUCUUCGUAGCUUCCAACAACAUAUACUUUUACCGGUUUCUUCGUAUGAAAUAAUAGUAAAAGAUGUUUGUGCUUCAGCAAACAUUUUAAAUUCAUGUUUGUUAACAGCAUCGGUAGAUAUGGGUUCAUUUGAUGUAAAUAUUUGGGGUUUGGAGCACAGAAUUAUAUCCGCUAAACUAGCUGCAGUUGGAUUAUUGGUUGCUAGCACAGACGAGAAAGCUAAAAAAGUUGAUCUUUCCAUUGGUGCUAUUACUUUGAAAACACAUGACCAACAAGGAUUCCUUCCAGUGUCAAUUCAAAAGAUUAUAUCUGAAGAUGUUACCUAUUUAAAGUCAUUUGACAGUCAAAAAGAUUCCAAAAAUGUCGACGAAAGACCAUUUUCAUUAGAAGAUUUGAAUUCAGUAUCAUUUUCGGCAGAAUUAGGAGAGGUCAAUAUUGUAAUAGAGGCUAUUCCGCGUCUUGUGAUUAGAAGUAUAACGAAGGAUACAAGAGUUAUGCUUAGCGCUAGUCAAGGUAAUUUAAAUUUGAACUGGUCUGCUCUGAAAUUGGAUUUCUUGGUGUUCCUUGACAAGUCACAAAUUUUUGAACUACAAAAUUCACAAAUGUGGUUGAAUUCAGACAUAUCAUCUCAUGGUGAAUUAAUAUUGGUAAAGUUAGAUUCCGGUCUUGGCCACACGAAGAUUUUUAUACCUGACUUGAAUAGAACGUCAGAGAAGAUUUUAGGAAGAAAACAACAUAUUAUGAAUAGCAUUUCAAAAUUUGAGGACAUUUUUAAAUCGGUUAGUUCCAAUAAGAAACCAACAAAAGUAGUCAAAACAACAAAAGAUAAGGAUAUAUUUGAGAAUGUUGUUUACAAAAUCAACUUUGCUAACGAUUAUGUUGGUAUUGUUACAAUGGUUGAAGAAGCAAGAUAUUCAUAUGAAAUGGAAUCAACUAGUUUGGGAAUAUAUAAUGUCGCAAAUAUCGUUAAAGAAAAUAACCUGAAGUCAUUCACAAUUGUUCCCGUGUACGGUGAGUUGGUAGUUCCUGCAACUAGACUCUAUGUUAUACAUAAAUCAGUUCCAGCCAGAUUAUCGAAUGUUUUAGAUGUUAACUUUUCCAUAAGGCUAUUUAACGAUGUGGAUAAAGGAUGCGGGUCACAAUCUUUACAAGUCGAGUCUCAAUAUUGUCGUAUAUGCUUGAAUUCAUCGUCAUUGAUAAAAUUAGUAUCGUUCGCAGAUAAUGUUGGUGCUAUUUUACAUAGAUUUGAAUCAGCCGCCCCAAAGACAGCCUCAUCUAAAUCAAAGUCGAGUUCAAAGUCGAGUUCAGAACCUAUCAAAUUGCCUACUUCAGUCCAAUUUUUAUCAUAUAACUUUUGUGCUGGUUGGCUUUGCACGACUGCCGUCAAGGAAUAUCCCGGUGUUAUUUUUGGUGCUGAAAGAUUCUUUGUUGUUGCUGAAGAUAAAUUGGGUAAAUUCACUUUGAUGGAUGCUUACUUGUCAGUUGCAAAUGGUUCUAGUUCGUCCAAUUUUUACAGUUUGCUGAGUGAGAAGAACAAUUUAAAUAGAGCAUUUUUGCCAAAUAUGCAAUUGAUAUAUUCUGUUGAAGAAGCUAAUGAGAAGAAAAAUAUGCGUAUUAUCAUCACUGGUGAUGAAUUAGAUGUUAAAUUUCUAUCUACAUCUAUGAUUAUUGUUGAAAACUUAGGAAACUCAGUGAACGAUGUGCAAGAUUUCUUUAAGAAAAGAUCUGCUAGAAUGGCUCAUAUUCCAGUUAAAAAAUACGACGACCAACCAUCAAAUGAAUACAUUAGCAAUAUCCAAUCAGCAUUUGAUUCAAUUGAGUUUGUAGCUACAUUCGCGGGUUCAAACGUUUUAUUUUACCGUUUGGAUGCCGAUGAAACAGGAGAAACUCCAUCAUUGUAUUUACAUUCACCAGCGGUAAGAAUCGCAUUUAUGUAUAAACAUAGGAAAUUUGAAAAGGUUAAACAUAUUAUAAAAGGUGAGGUACUUACUUCUCCAUCUGAUAAUACUUUAUAUGCAUCAUGUGUUCCAGUAAUUGUUGACAUUGUUGAAGGUGUGAAGAGAAUGAUGCAGAAUUCAAACCUGGCCGAUUCAAACCUUAAAAAGUUAGCAAGUGAAAGUAUGGUAACACCAACAAAUCAAGGUGAUUCAGUUGAUUUCAAUAGUAUAUUUGGUGACAUGGAUAUUCAUUUCGGUUUAAAGAUUGAAAAACAACAGUUAUCAUUAAGUUGUGAACCAACUGCCAAAGUGGCGAUGAUUGUUGGACUUGAUAGUAUCUACAUCCAAUUGAACUCUUCUGAACCAGGUUUAGACUUAACUAUUUUAUUUGAUUCCAUGUCAGGUUCUUUACAACAUAUUUACUCCAGAGAGAUUAGUGCAUCAAUAUCCAUUCAAAGGGUGUUAUUGAGUAGUUCUCUCGAUAUUCAUGAUGGUUUGAAAUUCAGAUCGUCUGGUUGCUUAAUUGACGUAGAUGGUUACGUUAAUGUGAAGCAAUAUCAAGAUGUGGAAUUAUUUACUGAUAUUUGGUUUCCUAAACAACAAUCGGAAGUGUAUUCCAAAUCGUCUGACUCUUUUGUCAAUAAGCUUGAUUCAGUUCAUAAUAGAAACCUUACUUCGAGAUUCAAAGAGGUAUCAACGACAUAUGCUAUUCCAUGGGUAGUUACGUUUUUUGUUAGUACCAUAUCUUUAAGAGUUGACUUUGGUCCUUCAUUAUGUGAUACUAAACUUAAUAUUGAUACGAUAUGGGCUAUCUCAAAGAAGUCUACCGAUUGGUCACAAGAUUUGAAGCUAGGGGUAAAUGCCAUUAGUUUAAAUUGUGAAGGUAGACUUGGUGGAAACUUGAUGAUCAAAGAAUUUAACAUUCAUACUGCAAUUAGUUGGAUGAGUGAUAAAGCUAUCCUUGAUAUUCCAUUAAUUUUGGUUUCUGCUGGUUUUGAAAAAUUCCAUUUGAAAUUAUCGUUUGAUUACCAUGUAUUUUCUAUAGCCAAUAUUGAAGGAUUUUCCAUGAAUGUGUUCAAUCAACAUAGUGACUUGAGUGAUUCUAAAGAUAGACUUUUUAUUCGAUUCAGAUUGGAUGCAGCUGAGAUAUACAUAACUUCUUUGACAGCUUCUAAUUGUUUGGAUAUUUAUAACACUAUUUCCAGAAUGCUUAUGGAUAACAAAAAAUCUUAUAAGGAAACCCUUAGAGAUGGAAAAGGUAUGAAAGAGAAGACUGAAAGUGCAUAUGAAAAAUUGAUUUUGGAAACGGUGAAAAGAUUAGAAACGAAGAUUGAAGUAUCUUCUGGUAGAUUUUUAAUUCAUGUUUACCCCACUUCAUUUAAUGAUUCCAAAGUGUUGGUAGUCAGAUUAGAUGAAUCCAAAGUUAAUUUUCAGCAGAAUGAAUAUAGUAGUGGUAUUUCAAAUGAACUUGAUAUUCAAUUUAAUGAUUUAACUGUAUCGUUGUCUAUGACUCAAGCUGUUCCGGAUGAGUUUAUAGCUCUGUGUACUGUUGAACAGUUUGUGGAAUAUGCAUCAAAAGCAAAAGGUGGUACUAUUUUCGUAUUCCCAUCGUUUAAGAUUGCUAUGAGAACAUUCCAAAAGGAUAAUGAAAAUGUUAUAGAAUUCUUAUAUCAAUCAACAUUUGAUGGUGUUGUUGAUAUCAGAUGGAAUUUAGGUUCGGUUAAUUUCAUUAGAGAAAUGUUUUCUAUUCAUAGAGCUGCAGUUGCAUCAAGAACUGUAUUCAGAAGGGCAGGUGAUUCUAUUGAUUUUAAAGAACAAAUAUUUGAAUCUCAAGGUAGGAGAUCAUCUAAUAUCAUGAGACAACAAUUGAAUGAGGAAGAUCCAACUGAUGAGAUUGAUCAAGCUAUUACUGAAACUAUGUCGAAGGUAUCAGAUGAAUCUAGAUUCCGGUAUGUACCAUUAGCACCACCUAUUAUAGAAGCUCCACAAUUGAGAGAAUUAGGUAAUGCAACUCCACCAUUGGAAUGGUUUGGAUUGCAUAGAAACAAAUUUCCAAACGUCACACAUGAGUUUGGUAUAGUGUCAUUACAGAAAGUGAUACGUGAAGUUGAGAUUCGUUAUUCAAAGAUUCUCGGUAAGGCUUAAAUAAUCAAUCAUGAUUAUUAUUAUUAUUAAUAAUUUUUAAAUAUUAAUUAUUUUUUUAUAUUUCAGGAUCUAUU